UUAAUUCAUUGCUGAUCAUACAUUCAUAUCUUGGAUUGUUGAGCUGGCAGUGUAAUUCAAAAGAACCCCAGUCAGCAUACGUGCUACCCUGUUUUGUGGCUACAAAAUGGGAAAAUGGAGACUAUUCAUCCUGGUUGUUUCAGAAGGUAAAUUGUCAAUUUAAACAAUACUAUUUUUAAAAAUCACGACUACAAAGAUUUACAAUAUAAAUCUUGUUUAUAAGGAUUUAGACGUAAUUAGGUAUCAAACAAAUCAGCAUUAAUUUCUAGACACUUAUUGGUCAUCACAACGUUUCUAAUUGUGUUUUAUGUUAAAUAUCUUUACUAAAUUGACCUUAUAAUAUUUAUCAAUUUUUCACCUGUUUUCUGUAUGAAAACUCAAAUGUGCUGAUUUCUCAAUACAUGUAUUUCAAACAUUUUUUUGAUAAGUGGUGGUCACUUUUUCACAAGAAUAUAAGACAGACUGCAUGACCGAUACAUCUUUUUAUACAUUAAUUCUUACAUUUGGAGAUAAAUAUUGAUAUUUCUUCAUAUUUAUGCUAGUUCAGCCCUACUGUGCAUCUUAAACUCUUGCAACUACUUUGUAAAUAUUUUCUGAAGAAGCCUUAGUUGAUUAACCUUUUUUUUCAUUUCAAAUAGGUUCCACUUCACUCAUAUGACACCAUUUUGCUGCCUGUGUGCCAUCGUGACCACUGGUUUCUAAUGGUUGGCUACCCAAAAUUGGAAACUCUGCUCAUUUUGGAUUCUCUGCCCAACAGACAAAGAGAAAAACAUUUUGCCAGACACUGGAGAUGCUUUAUGGAAACCCGAUUUCAAGCAGAGCCAUCAACUCCCUUAUCAUGGACCCUUAGCCCCUUUAAGUCCUCGGUUCAGAAAGAUGGACAUUCCUGUGGAGUUUUUGUGCUAAUGAAUUCAGCAGCCAUCUUAUCGCACAUCUCCCCCCAAGUCAUGCGGCUAUGUCACAUCAAGGCCUACAGAGCUUAUGUGCGUGCGGAGCUGAUCACUAAUGGGAAACCAGACAAAAGGAGCCUUGCAUGCGACCUUCCCUUCUGCGCAGCUAGCUACAAGAAACAGAUUCAGUGUAGUUCCUGCUUGAGAUGGUGCCACCAUGCCUGCCUUGGCAUCAAGGAGAAAGACAGUGUGGAAACGUGUAUCUAUUGUGCCUGAGAAAGAGUCCUGCAAUGAUUGUGCUUAGAACACUGUAUCUUGUGCUUAUGCAGAAUGACUUUUGAGAGAAGAUUAUUUUUUUUUAAUGUUUGUAUUUCUGUUAUAAGUGUUUCUAUUUAUUUUCUUGAAUAUUACCACGUUUUUGUUAUCUUGUAUGACUUAUCUAAAUGAGAUGCUAUAAAUUAAUUUAUUAUAAACAGACUUUGUCUUUUCUUAUUCAUGUUAUGCUUAAGAAAGGUAAAAUUGAAAGAAACAAAAAGCUGAUCAGUUAUCAACCACAACAUACUAUAAAAGCACAAAUACUCGUGAUUAAAUUUCUUUUAUUUCGUUGUUUACAAUUAUCAACAAAAUUAAAUCCCACACAAAAUUUUAUAUGACUAUAAAUUGAAUAGGCUAACUCUCUAAACAACGCAAUUAAAUGCUCACGAAACUAUUUUUGAUAACAAAUCAACGAAAUUUUAUCCCCACGAAAAUUUGUGCUUCAACAGUAUAUCCACUAUUUAUCCGACUAAGGAAAUAUUGUGAGAUUCAUUAGUUCAUCCCAUAAAGUAUAACUGGAAUAUUUGGUGUUUUAUGAAGGGAGAGAGCAACUGGGAAAUAAAAACCUAUGGAAUUCUAAUGCCCUGUUCACACAGAAAGAAAUUAGAAUCAAAAAUAAAGUUACUACGAAUUAGCUUUGCUUAGUGUUCACACAAAGAAUUUAAUGCGAUUUAGUUUAAUUCAAAUUAGUUUACUGCACAUUAAAUAACUUCGCAUUAGCCCCCCGCCCUCUUAACUAAAAAGGACAUGGGGGCUCAAUAUUUUCUGGCCAUAAUAUUUUGAAUCACCCUCCCUCUUAACUUAAAAGGACAGGGGGACUCAAUAUAUUAUGGCCAUAAUAUUUUGAACCCCCUCCCUCUUAAAUUUUAAGGGCAGGGAGACUCAAUAUUUAAUGGCCAUAAUAUUUUGAACCCCCCUGCCUCUUAACUUAAUAGGACAUGGGGGUUCAAUAGUUUAUGGCCAUAAUAUUUCGAACCCCCUCCCUCUUAACUUAAUAGGGCAGGAUGAUUCGAUAUUUUAUGGCCAUAAUAUUUGAACUCCCUCCCUGAUAAAUUAAUAGGGCAGGAUGAUUUGAUAUUUUAUGGCCAUAAUAUUUUGAACUCCCUCCUUGAUAAAA